GAACCAACACCUCCCAGUAUUCACCCCAUAUCAAGACCGCAUCACCAGAGCCAGCCGAUUAUGCCAUCAGUGAAAAGACAUCGCCUAUAUCUGACUGUUUAUAGCGACAAUGAAGAUCGUGUUCGGCUACCCACUAGACCACAGCUGAGAGACUGAAGAGAAGAGUGUCUAUUGACCGUGCCAUGAUGACGACCAGUCGAGUUCCGCCGCAGCGCCCGGUGACGUCUUACGGGGAGCGUACAACAGCUCACCUGGUGCGCCCCAACACCGCGGUGCACAUUCCGUCUGGGAGGAAGAUGUCGCGGAACCACGUGAACAUAGCGCGGUUCUAUGACUGGUCCGAGGACCUCGGCACCUGUGUGUCAGUGACGAAACUGUACCGAGACCUGGCGUUCACGUCGAGGGUGGCCGCUGAGGUGAGGCGGCCAGUCAAUAUUCAGUGGUGUUCUAACGGGGUCAGACUCACACCUGGGCGGAUGUUCGCCCGCGACAAAAACGUCCUCACCAAAGGUGAGAGAGAGAUCAUCAAUGGUAUAUGUCGCAACAGAGGCAGUUCCAAGGAAUACUAUGACCCACCUAGCAUCAAGAGUCACCAGGACGCCUGGUUGGCAGGAAGGCAGUUGGGGCGAGUUAACAUGAGGCGGGUUGAGUGUGGGGACGGUAGUGCCAGUGUGGACAGCGCAUUUAACAGAACGCCUGGAGACUUGGUAGGCACGUCCAGACGUACUAUAGACUGCUCCAGCACAGACCUACAGAGUCGAGUCGUGAAAAGUGCUUCUAACAGGACUAAAGUUGCAGGUUAUUACUGCAUCAAAGGACGACCUGUCACUCGUUCUAGUGAAGACCGUUAUUGCCAUGGUAACAGCGACAUUCCAUCGGCUCCACCUAGCACUCCAGACCGAAUAAUGAACCCUCGACCGAGGGUGCCCCCUAUUAAUAACGGACAGGGCGCCAUCUUGAUCGAGGAUGUGAGGGAAGCGAGGCAGUCGGCGAGGAAAGUCCGGAUGGAUGUCUUCCUCCCCAGAAUAACCUCCGAACACCUGGAGGACGAUUCCGAGAGAACGAGUCCACAUCCCGAUACUCGCCCAGCUCGUGAACAGUUCAUUAGUGACCAUGGACUCUGGGCAAAGACUGAUAGUGUUUGUGAGAGCAAGGCUGAACGUUAUCCUCGAAUAAACCAUUCUAGUUCUUUGGAUAGUACGAGGGUUUUGGAAAAUUCUCCGCCGCUCAGUAAUUUGGUGUAUCUCCAACACAGAGGAAAAGAGGACAGUUUGCAAAUGGAUGUCAGCGAAUAAGUGGAUUUACGAAUAUGUAUGGAUGGAUACGUCUUAACAUACCCACAUCUAAUUAAGGUUCAGACAUUGUCCGUCGUUAGGACGAUGUCUACGAACAUUCGAGGUUGGAUUAUAUGUUUGAUGACUAUGACAGUGCUUAUAGACUGGUUGAGUUUGUAUUUAUGAGGUUGUUGUAAUAAUGAGAAUGGUGGAAGUUGGUAGGAAGUUAUAAAUUUAAAACACUUUCUGAUAGUGAUCCAAAGAUGUCACGACUGCUUGCUAAUCAAAAACAUUUCAUAAAAGCAGAAUCAAGUCAUAUGAUUUUGUUUCCUAUAAGGCAUACUAGUGAGAAAUUCCUAACAUGUAGGUCUGCAUUGUGAUGUGUUUCAUAGUCAUCUGAGCCUUUAGCACAUCCGGCCGUUACUGGUGCUCUUGUAUUUGGGGCUUAGGAUCACUCAAAGAUAACAAAUAAUGUUGUAUCCUAAAACAUCAUUUCUUCUCCUGUUAAGGAAGAUGAAAUGUUUUAUUACUUUUAUAAUGUUUGGACAAUUAUUAAAUUGUUAAAUACAUUGAUUUAUGUUCGUA